UGUCAGCUAUACUUUAAACGUGCAUCUAGUUUUAUGAUUUUUGUAACAUUUUUCCAGCUUCAUGGACAGGAACCUGACUUUUCUGUUUCUCCAGGUGGAUUGUGGAGGAGCAGGCAGCUGGGUGUCAGCUCACAAGCUAGAGUAGCAUCAUCAUUGCUAGUGUUAAUGCAGGAGUUACCGGAAAACAUCUGUGGUCAUGCAGGAUUAUAAAGAUCCUAGUUCCAUAUUUGUUGGAAAUAUGGUGGUGACACAUGUGAGUAUCUUCUAUCCAGUGGAAGAUUUCUUGGAGAGAAAGUAUGGCAGCCCCACAGUUGUAUGAUGCACAAGUAUAAAAACAGUGAAGCAAAAAAUUGCCUCAUAGACAAACAUAUUGUGUUUAUAGGAGAUUCUAGAAUUCGACAGCUGUUCUAUUCAUUUAUAAAACUCAUAAAUCCUCAAGUCAAAGAAGAAGGAAAUAAGCAUGGAAAUAUUCCUUUUGAAGAUAAAGCUGCUUCAAUUAAAGUGGAUUUCCUGUGGUACCCAGAAGUUAAUGGCUCUAUGAGGCAACGCAUCAAAUCUUGGACUGAGGGUUCUGUGGCAAAACCUCAUAUAAUUGUAGCAGGAGCUGCCACGUGGUCUAUCAAGAUUCACAAUGGCAGCAACGAAGCCCUCACACAGUAUAAAAUCAAUAUCACUUCCAUUGCACCUCUUUUGGAAAAAUUAGCAAAAAGCAGUGACGUUUACUGGGUCUUACAAGAUCCUGUUUAUGAAGACAUGCUGAGUGAUAGUCGGAAAAUGAUCACUAAUGAGAAAAUAGAUGCUUAUAAUGAAGCAGCCGUUCGUAUUCUCAACAGCAGCUCCCGAAACUCCAAAGCUAAAGUUAAAUUAUUCAGUGUAUCAAAAUUGAUAGCACAAGAAACAAUCAUGAAGUCUGCAGAUGGCCUGCAUCUCCCUGAAUCAAGCAGAGAUACAAACGCGAUGAUUCUUAUGAACGUCUACUGCAAUAAGAUAAUGAAGCCCAUCGAUGGCUCCUGCUGCCAGCCUCAGCCUCCUCUCACUCUCAUACAGAAGUUGGCUUUCUGUUUCUUUACUUUCUCCAUUAUUGGAUAUUUAAUUAUCAGUUUAAUUCAUCGGAAUAAUUUUCGGAAGAACAAAUCAUGCACUGAUUUGGAAAGCGGAGAGGAGAAGAAGCCUGCCAUCAGCACUCCUAACGUUUCUACUUUGGAGAUGCUCUUACACUCCUUCUGCAAACUGGGUCUGAUCAUGACCUAUUUUUAUCUAUGUGACAGAGCAAAUCUUUUCAUGAAGGAAAAUAAAUUUUAUACACAUUCAUCUUUCUUCAUACCCAUCGUCUAUAUCUUGGUUUUGGGGGUAUUUUAUACCGAAAAUACCAAAGAGACUAAAGUGUUAAAUAGAGAACAGACUGAUGAAUGGAAGGGCUGGAUGCAACUUGUUAUUUUGAUUUAUCAUAUCUCUGGAGCAAGCACUUUUCUGCCAGUGUACAUGCACAUUCGUGUGCUGGUGGCUGCAUAUCUGUUCCAGACGGGCUACGGACACUUCUCUUACUUCUGGAUAAAAGGGGACUUUGGUGUAUACAGAGUGUGCCAGGUUUUAUUUCGGCUCAAUUUCUUGGUGGUGGUGCUGUGCAUCGUGAUGGACCGGCCCUACCAGUUCUACUACUUCGUGCCCUUAGUCACUGUCUGGUUUAUGAUCAUUUAUGCCACCUUGGCUGUGUGGCCUCAGAUAGUCCAGAAGAAAGCAAAUGGGCACUGCUUGUGGCACUUGGGUUUGCUGCUGAAGCUGGUGUGCUUACUGACAUGUAUAUAUUUUCUGUCGUAUUCUCAGGGUGCGUUUGAGAAGAUCUUUUCCUUUUGGCCCCUCUCCAAGUGUUUUGAACUGAAUGGGAAUGUCUAUGAAUGGUGGUUUAGGUGGAAGCUGGAUCGCUAUGUGGUUUUUCAUGGGAUGCUGUUUGCUUUUAUUUAUCUGGCACUGCAGAAGCAUCAGAUGAUCUCAGAAGGAAAGGGAGAUCCUCUUUUCUCCAGCAGAGUUUCAAAUGUUUUAUUAUUUAUUUCAAUUGUAUCCUUUCUGACCUACUCUAUUUGGGCCAGUAGCUGUAAAAACAAGACAGAGUGCAAUGAACUACAUCCUUCUGUUUCUGUGGUGCAGAUUUUAGCUUUCAUCCUCAUCAGGAACAUUCCCGGCUAUGUCCGCUCCGUGUACAGCUCCUUCUUCGCCUGGUUCGGCAGAAUCUCCCUGGAGCUCUUCAUCUGCCAGUACCACAUCUGGCUGGCGGCAGACACCAAGGGCAUCCUGGUGCUCAUCCCCGGGUACCCCAUGUUCAACGUCCUGGUCAGCACUUUCAUAUUCGUGUGUGUGGCACACGAGAUCUCCCAGAUCACCAACGACCUGGCGCAGAUCGUGGUUCCCAAGGACAACUCCACUCUGCUGAAGAGGCUGCUCUGUGUAGCUGGGUUCUUUUCGGGACUUCUCCUCUUCUCAGCGACCCAAGAGCAGGCGCGGCAUUAACCUGAACAGAUUCUGGGGAACUUUCUUCAGGUUUCCUGUGCGUCUGCCUGAACCGGAAUUGUCAGCUGGAGGUACAAGGAGACAUUUAAAUUAUGUGUGUGGAAAAAUGUAUAUAGUGCAGAUGUACAUAUUGUGUGUGGAAACGGCCUUCUCGAGUCGCCCGAGGGAUGAGAAUGCACUGGACAGAAUUGCAUGUGAAAACGAGUCUUUUCUACUGGAUUUGUGUUUACAAACCCCUCUGGAGGUGGCACCAGGAGGAGGAGUGGUUUAACCCUCCCGUGUGUGUCCCGGGAUCCCCGGGGCCGAGGAGGGGGAGUUUGGGUGGCUGUGGGGAACGGGGCUGUCACCCUCCCCAGCCGGGACAGGAGGGGACCUGGGAUCCCUGCCCGGGGGGGCUGCUGGCCCGGGGCAGGCUUUGUUUAGAAAUGAGUAUUUUGGGUGGACAUAGUAUGCCUUAGAUGAACCCCUUUAUACGUGGAAAUAAGAAAUCGUCACCAGUUCAGUCAUUUAAGAUUAUAUACGAGUUUACAUCAUGUUUUAUGGGGGUUUUUUUUAGGAAUUUAAGAUGUUUUCAGCAAAUAGGGUGAAUUCUGAGGUGAAAUUUUUUUAUAAAGAAUUUUUUUUUUCCCUAAAAUAGUUUGCUUUUCCAUACAUUUUUCACCACUUGAUUUAACACUGUACAGUGCUCUGUAACAUCCCAGUGAACAAGGGUGAGUGAUCUUUUCAGAGACUCGGCUCAAGGUGGAGGGGUUUUGGGAGAGCCCCCGCUCUCUUCCAGCCAGAGGCAAUCCCGUCAGGUGUGAAGGAUGUGGGAGAAGAGGGGGACGGCGAUGUCCAGCCUCUCUCUGAGCUUGUAGGUGGCCUUUACUGGGUGUGACUGGGGAACCGGUGCCAUAUUCUACCCUGGGAUGAUGUUUUUGUGUAAGAGGCUGCGAGUGGAGGCCGCGGGUCCCUGGUGUUAUGGGGAGGGGGUGAGCCCUCACCCUUGUUACACAGCUCAGAACUGCACAGGGGAUGAGAUGGGAGCUGUUUGGAGGAACCUCCUCUCCAGCAGAGCCCCUCUCUCUGUCUUAGCAGCUGAAAGUGCCAGCAAUAGCCCUUCCUGGGGGGCGAGGAGCUGGGAUUUACCCCCCCCUCACCCGGUGACAUUAGGUCAUUUCUUUGGUGGGUUUGCUUCCAGUGAUACUUUGACCUCUCGUUGCUUUCUCACUUCAUUCCUCUGCUGGUUACCUGUUGGCGGUCAAAACCACGAGCACAGUGUUGUUUUCCAGUGUAUGUGCAAUUAUGUGUGAUUCCAAACAAUGAGAAUCCCAAUCUGUACCAGAUGGGCUGUCGUGGGCAUUGUUUCAGCCCAGUUAAAAAUGGAAUUCAAACUUGCAGCCACCAAUGAGUGCAAAAAAAAAAUUAUGUAAAGAACAGCUUCGAUUAUGUUUCUUUGGUGGAGAAUCAGGUUCCUGUAAAGAAUGACCAGUCACUCAUCAUGGAAAAGACAAAACAAAUCAUUGGCUUCCCCCAGAUUCAGCAGUUUCACUAAUUCUAAUUCUAAUUUUGAAGCCACUGGGAGGAGGCUCAGCCCGUGAGGUGUUUGUGUGUGAGUGCCCGGGUGUGGGACGUGUUACCCCCCCAGCAGGGCAGCCCAGGGGCUGAAGGACGCGGUGACCGUGACCAUGGGGUGGGACAGGACCCAGGACCUUCAUCUACGCCAGUAUUAGGAGCAAUGGGGGAUGGUGAGUUCCAGGGAUAACUUUUGUUUUGUUCUUCACAACUUAAGUAUUGUAGAUAUAAUGUUAUUUAUCUGUUGUACAGACUCGGUCAAAAGAUUUAUUUUUAAUGUUGGAAAUAAUGCACUUGUUUACUAUGACUGUACGUGGGAUAAAUAUAUUUUCUUUUCAGGUUAUGUAAAAAUAUGAUGUAAUUUAAACAUGAAAUAAAUGUGCUGUGGAUGCUUAUUUUUGUAAUGGGAGAGGCAUCAAUUAAGUAAAGACUCGUUAUUGCUCGA